GAAAGUCACCAGGGAUUUUUAUUUGCACAUUCAUGUUGAUUAAAUGAAUACCCCGCUGAUGAGGAUUGUAUGCCAGGCUACUCCACUCUCUCGGUAUUCGACUCCUUGGGUCUUGUGACAAGAAACAAGGAAGUUCCGGGUGGGAUUACCUACCUUGCUCAACCUACCCAUCUUGUAAACUACCCAAACUGUGUUGAUUUUCGCCGGCCUCCGUUAGCAGUAUGCCUGACACAUUGUGCAAAAUGCGUGUAUCACAGAUACUAAGUGCUCCACGGAUCCAGGCUGUAGGCACCAGUGAAGCUAGUGAUCUGGAGGGGUUCAAGGCGCACGCUGUCUUCCAGGAAAUCAACAAAAAGCUACAAGAGGAUGGGGAGCAGUUUGUGAAGAAAAUCGGUGGCAUUUUUGCAUUCAAAGUCAAGGACGGACCGGAUGGUAAGGAGGCGACCUGGAUUGUGGACGUGAAAAAUGGCAAUGGCUGCGUUCACAAUGACACAGCCAAGAAAGCCGACUGCACCAUCGCCAUGUCCGACACUGACUUACUGGCCCUCAUGACGGGGAAAAUGAAUCCUCAGACUGCUUUCUUCCAAGGCAAGCUGAAGAUCACAGGCAACAUGGGGAUGGCCAUGAAGCUUCAGACCCUGCAGCUGCAGCCAGGCAAAGCCAAGCUGUGAGGUGGGGAAGGGCAGGGUGGCAGCCUUCAGCUCUCCAUCCCACACCGCACCCAACCCACAACCCUCCGCAGACUAGGCCGCAGAGAUUCGCCGUCCUGGACGAGACGAGAUUCUGACCGCAUUUGUACGAAUUUGGGAGUGACUGGAGCGAAAUCGGACACAACAAAGGAAGGACGAGUCCCCUUAUUUCUGCUCCUUUCACUUUUCUCCUGUUUUUUUUUCUUUUCUUUUUUUUCCCUAACAAGAUAACAACACUCUAGGUUGAGAGACACUCGAGGUGUGCACUAGGUCAUACUUUUUAAUAUUAAUGCAACUUGAUUUAGUAACGACUGAACAGUUUCGCUGUUAAAAGAACAGAAAAUAUAGAAGGGCAUGAUCAGAUUACCUUUGAUAGUGAAAAUGUCCUGUACAUUUGACUCUGGACUGGUUACAAGGAGCCCAAACAGUGUGUAUACUGUUGUAAACUGUUGUGAGCUACAAGUGCCUGCAGAGUGUGUGUAGUGUGUGUAGUAUGCCCAGACUCUAAUGAGUGUGUGUUGACAUGUUGUAAUCAUCUUGAAAUGAGAGAGCAAGCAUCCCCAGACACAGACCAAGGGCUCUACUUGAAGACUGCGUAGAGAGAAAUACAACCACUACCUAUUUAUUCUUUCUUUAAUAUCUUUUUCCCCAAUAGUACUGUAUCAUGAAGUGGUUUCUCUAAGCAGUUGUGAGUUGAGUAGUCAUUGUUAAUCUUGUAUUUCGGUUAUAGUCGUACGCACUCAUCAAAUAUGCCCUUGACUUUGACCACUUGUAAGAAUUUUCUUGAUAAUUGCCCAAUGGAUGUGAGAUUUUAUACUAAAUAAACCUGUAGGAUGAUUUAAUUGACA